AUGCCAAGUGAGCGAAAACUGUACAAAUAUGCAACAUAUUUGAGCAAUUGUUCACGUGAGGCAUUUGAUUACGGGAAGUGUGUCGCAGAGAAAGCCGGGAAAGUAACUUAUUUGGCUUGUCAACGUGAAUUUGCAUCGUUGUUAAAUUGUGUGGAAAAACAGGUAAAACGAUACAAACGAGCGAAGCGUAUCAUCUCUAUUUAUCGACAUAACUUCAGCCUGGGACCACCUUACAAAGUUUUGCUGGAUGGUACUUUUGCUGUGGCUGCACUAAAAAAUAAAAUUAAUUUGCGAGAACAGAUGCCAAAAUAUUUAAAUGCUGAAGUUGAUAUACGGGUAACCAGCUGUGUGCUUAAAGAAUUAGAAAAACUGGGGUCUACGUUAUAUGGUGCGUUGCAUGUUUGCAAGCAAUUUGAUGUUGAAUCAUGUCCCCAUCAACCUGUUCGAACGGCAGUAGAGUGCAUCAAGCAUAUGGCACGUCGAAUGAAACGUAGAAUAACAUACUUCUUUGCAACGCAGGAUAAUGAGCUCACGGAAGCCUUGAAGCAGAUUCCCGGUAUACCAGUCUUGUUCAUCAAAUAUAAUACAAUUUUGAUCGACAGACCCAGUCAGGCUACUAUUCAGGAAAUCGAAAAGCCAAAAGAUCAGUUAUUUGAAGUGAGUGAACUAAAAAAGGCUGUUUUUGGUGAAGAUGAAAAGCCGAGACGGAAGAGAAAAGGUCCAAAAGGACCGAAUCCUCUUUCGGUCAAGAAGAAGAAAAAAAAGACCCAUUUAACCAGUAAUCACCAGGAAUUGGGGCCAAAUGCGAAAACUGGUGCCUUAAAGAGACGCCGCCGGAGAAGGAAGAAAAGAAGCGAGGGGCAAUAA